AUGGAUGGCAAUGUUGGAAUAGAAGCCUAUGCACUUCUUCAACGGGCACAACAUGGCCUUGCUCACCGCUGCCAGGGCCACCGAGUCGCUGUUGAGGUCGUUGCCCCUGAUGAAGAACCAAUCGGAGAGAUAAUGCCCCACCGGUACCUCCAGUUCCACCUGUUCCAGUGGUACCCAACGGUUGGAAAAACUCCCAGACCCGAAGUAUUUAGGGGGAGAUCGCGAUCGAGAAAGACUACACCUAUUGAAGCAAGAGAUGAAAUCAAGCUAUUGGGAAAUGCCGACCGCUUCCCCACACUACAGUCCAAAUUAUCCUAUGCAUUCAGCCGAUUGGAGGGUGUCGCCGCCAAUCAGUUCUUACAAUAUGUCGGAGAAGAAGGCAUCGCUUUGCCUUCCAUGUUACGGUUUUAUGAAAUCUUAGAUACUGCUUUGGGGAUCCUGAUAGAAUGCGUACGGCUAGGAGGAACCUUAGGAACAUCCGCCAAUGAAACCGAACCUUUGCUGAUUACUUCGCCGAAUUCCAACGUAGAUGCCUGCGCGACACUUUUGCAACGGUUAGAUAAUCGACAACGAGCGGCAGAAGCUAAGCGAGGAAAUAAAAAGCCUUGGAAUGCUACUGCUGCUCCGACACCUCACCCCCCACCAGGGAAUCCUGCCCCUAUUCCUCGCGCUGCCGCGCCAGCUGUCAAUGCAUCUGUCCCUGAGAACCAUCCCUCAUUCCGCCAGGGAGCUGAUGCCGAUGUUUCUAUUGCGGAGGAGUCGGACAUAUGGUUAGGGAUUGUCCCCAAGCAAGGGCAAUGGAAAUCAACCAAGGAGACCAGUGAUGAUGGGAGCGGCGUUGAGGGUGAGGAAAUUGACGGAAGCGAUAACGAGUCGGCAAAAGAUUUGUCCCUGCACAAAGUGGCUUAG